CGAUGCGGCAUUUGUACUUCCGGGUCGACGGCCCUUCCUUUUCUGUCGUCCAUUUGUCGAGUACGAUAGUAGACGACCUACAAACCGUUCAACAUGCAGAACGACGCUGGCGAAUUUGUGGAUCUCUACGUCCCACGUAAAUGCUCUGCCAGCAACAGAAUCAUUGGAGCCAAAGACCAUGCUUCUGUCCAGCUCAACAUAGCUGAGGUCGACAAGGUCACAGGGCGUUUCAAUGGACAGUUCAAGACUUACGCCAUCUGUGGGGCCAUCCGCAGGAUGGGAGAGUCUGACGACUCCAUCCUCAGGCUAGCAAAGAAUGACGGUGUCGUCGCCAAGUAAGAACUGCAUCAUGAAGCAGCUGAGUGACAAACUGCAGCAAAGGAACAUUUGUUAAAUAAAAUGUGCAAAAAGACAAA